UAAAUACUUCUCAUUCUCACUUUCAUUCGCUUUUUGCCCUAAAAUUUCCAACCUCCCCUCUCCUCACACUCUCCAUUUCAGCCGCAACCAUGCUGCCGUCUCCCAAGCACUUCUUUCCCUUCCACUUUCCUCCCUGCACCUCCCUUCUCCUCCCCUUUUUCUUCCUCCUACGUCGUCGUUUUCAACCCUUUUGACCGAUUGUACCUCUCUGAUUACCUCACUUGAAACGCCGUCGCUUUUGGGCGUCUUUUUAUUUUUUUUGGAUCGAGCGAUAAGUUCUUUCUUUUUCUUUUGGUUGGGGUGGUGGGGUUUGGAUGGAUGCAGUGGAGUUGAAUUAUCCGGUGGAUGUUCCGAAGCUUAUGGGAUCUGAAGGGUUUGGAAGAGGGGCUAGGGUUACUGAAGAUUGUAAGCCGCUUCUUAAUUCUUCGAUUGACUGUUGCACCACUUCUCUUAGACAUAAAGAUGAGACUGGCGUUGUUAAUGCAUUAGAGUCGGUGUCAUGGAGUAAGAUUCCUGAUGCUGAACUUUGUAAGCAUGCUAGUCAGUUGCCCAGCUGUCAGGCUGAAGAAUUGUAUGAACAACACGAUUACAGGGGCACCAGUCGCCACUUACCAAACCCUGCUCCUGAUGUUGUUAAUGCACAAAGGAAAGCCGGAAAAAUGCCAAGAAGUAGUAGUGGAUGUUCUAAGAGAGCACGUGUUGCUCAACUAGAAGAUAGUGUGAGUUCAGCUGGAGUUGAUGACGUAAAGGAUAUAACUGAUAAGCUAGGGUCUUAUUCUACAAAAUGUAACGUUCCAGAUAAAACUCAAAUGUCAAGGCAAAAGAACAGUUUUAGUGGCAAGCGAGGUGACAGGAGAAGUUUCAAAGUUCCUAUGAAGCCGAAAUUUGAUUCUUUCUCCAUGAAGGCUGGUUUGGCGAGCUUUAGUGUGGCUUCUGGAGGAAGCAACUUCCUUGGAUUAUGUGGUCUGAAGUCAGAUAUUCAUGACGUCACCAAGCUUGUGGAGGAUUUAUCAUUAAAUGAACUCCUUGAUGGCACUUACGAGUGCCCCAGUUUAGGCCGAGAGAAGGGAAAGAAAGCAUCUAACACAACUGAAAAUUUUCUGCAGUCAGUUAAGAAGGCAUGCUCCCUUCUUCCUCUUCGAAGGGUUCAGUCCCAAAGUUUUACAGAUAUAGACAAUUCUUCCCACAAGAAAAUGCCCAUAUACCCACCGAGCUCUGUUUCUUUAGCAGCAAGUUGCAUUAAUGGUGAUAAAGAAGACACCUGUUCUACAGAUCCAUCAGCAUGCAACAAGACCCAGGAUUCAUGUGACAAGCCUGAAAUGCCUGCCAGCCCACCAGAUUUUCAGUUGUGUCAGGCCAAAGAAAUUCUGGAGCGCUUGGCAUUGCCUCCACCAAAAGAUCUGGACUCUUUACUUCUUGAUGCAACCAAGCCUUCUUCAUCCACAAGGAACAAUUCUGAUACACGUUCAGGCAAGCAAGUACCCCGUCGAGCUAGCUUGCCACCAUUUCCCUGGUCACAUACUUUUAAUGGGCACUGUAGAACCAAUUCUGAUGCAGUUAAGCUUUUAUCAAAUAAGAGCACAUGCCAAGGCCGAUGGGUAAAGAUACCAAACACUUCCAGUUUGCCUGGGAUUGCAACUGGUUGUUUUACCGACUUGGAGUCACUUGCUUAUGAUCCGAGCCUAAUUCCAUCGGGUUCAAAGUUUGGUAAUUCGGGAGGUGGAAUUGCCUCGUCCACUGGUAAUCUUCGUUUCUGUGAGCAGGGUUCAUCAUCUCUUGCAACUUUUACUGAGGCUUUUAAUGUUCCUCAAGAAUCUGGACUUGGGCUGGCAGAUCAAUGGAAUGUUGGGCAUUGUCCAAGAGUAUUGGCUGCUGCUCAAACGUUGUAUGACAUUGCAACUAAAUCCUCAAGGCAAAACCCAGAUAGGAUUACAAGGUGGCCGAAGAAGCCUUCGCAAAAGGCCAUGAAAGCUCGCAAGACAAAAUCAAUUGAGAAACCGGAGGAAAUAUAUGCAACACCUUCAGUAUUGGGAUCUGACAAACUGUUGAGAAGUGAUGUGGACCAAAUAAUUCCCUCAAAAAGGCCUAAGCUCUCUGUAGUUGAAAAUAAGAAGGGUCUCAGUCUUAUCAAUGGUGUUAAAAAAGGACCAAUAACUUGGUCUACUCCUAGAUCAAGUAGAUCAUCGCCUGGCAAGUCAUUAAGAGACUCAGUUAUGGAAAUAAGACAUUCUACUGCCAAUGUAGUAAAGCCACCGUGUAUGAUGCAUCCACCGGCAACUGUUUUUGAUAAGCCUUGCAACAGUCAACAUAAGUUGCGUAAACUAAUGCCAAUGGACUGGAAGAGGGAGAGAUAGGCUUGACUAAUUAAGUUUUUUUUUUUUUUCAAUUUAGAAGUUGCAUUGUUUUAACAAUUAUUGCAAUCUAUCUACCUCUCUGUGAGGUUUGUAUAUAUUGUGUUGUAGUUGGUAUGGAAUAGCUGUGAGGCUUUGUGCAAUGGGUGAAAGGGGAAAUGUUACAAUAGAAGCAGGGGGUUUUUAGUGUUAUAACAUCAAGGAUAGUUGUAGAAUACAGCAGGGAAUUCUUUGCCUUGUGUAGAGCCAUUGAUGAGGCAAUAGAAAGUUCAGUUUCUUUCACUACCA